AUGGCUAAGAUCCUCACGCGUUAUAAAACACAACAUGCUGACGAACUUAAAACGGUGGAUCUAGCAGAAAAAACUCGGAAUUAUCUUUCACACGAGGAGUUACUGGAAAUAGUCCAAUGCAAGCUUGAAGAAGCAAAAAAUGAUAACAUGAGUAUAGAGUCCCUAAUUUCCCUGGAAGAGCAAUUCAAGAGUGCUCUGUCUUUAACUAGAGCUAGGAAGGCAGAGCUAAUGAUGGAGUUUCUGAAGACCCUUCAAGAAAAGGAGAAGCUGUUGAGGGAAGAGAACAAGGUUUUGGCUAGCCAGCUUACAAAGAUGAAGAAGAGCAGGUUUCUGGAAGCAGAAGAUGAGAGAGCAAUGUCACUGGCAAAAAGUUUCGGUAACAACACACCGGAGACUCUCUCGCUUCUCAAGUAACAACCACCAUCAAUCAACGUACGACUGAUUUUUCACCAUCCUGUUUCAGAAAUAAAAAUGUAAAAUAUUCAGAUUUGUAAAUCAACAUGGAGGCUAUACAUAUCUUAAAAUCAUCUUCCCCCUGAUACGCUAUCCAAGGGAAAUGUAACGAUCUGUGUUGUUACCUUCAAAGCGAGGGUCAGAGUUUCAUUUGUUAUCUGUGUGCUUGUCCGAAAGUAAGAACGAAACUAUAAAAGAUUUGAUUUCUUCAGCGUGAA